AUGCCUCUGCUGGCUGCCCGACAAUGGCCAGUUUUGACGCGUGCUUCUGCUGUUCUGCGCAGUCGGCGCUCUCCACUGCGCUCUUACACUGUUUCUCCAUCAACCACCGACCUCAAUGAAGCAGCCAAACGAAGGACCAUACAUGGUGGCAUAAUCAUUCCGGACUCUGUCCACGCCCAUCCCCAUGAUCUGUUCAAUUCCAUCAAGCCACUGCCAACUGUCGUUGCCCACAAGAAGUCUUUCGCCGUCUUCUUUGUUACCCCCUCCUACGCACAUUUCCUACUCGAUCAUGAUGCUUUUCUUCGUAGCGCCCUUGUACGAAUCUACAAAAAGGCAACUGAGGCACCACAUAUUGACAUACGUGCGCUUUGUGCUGUCGUAGAUAAGCUGCCGGUUCCACACCCAUCGAAUGGCAGUACCUUGGACUCUCAGUUAUCACGGCGCAAAGUGGACACGCCCGUUGCGGGAACAGGUUUUGAAGGGAUAGCCUAUGUUUCUCUCCCAUCCAGUGCUUCUAUCGAAUCCAAUGAGUCCUCCCUCCCAUCGGAGCAAGGUACAAUCGACUUCAUCACCUCGAGUCGUGUACUUAACGAUGACAUUUGUCUUGACACAUUGCGGCUACCCCUUGCCAACACUGUAUUUCAAACAGGAAUGCCGACAACCAUGAUCAGUUCAAGAUGGGAGAAAAACAGCACAAGUGGCGAAUUGACCAAGGUCACACAGACAAGUCCUUCUCACCAUGUCAUUCGAUUAGCUAGUGAUGGUCCCACUCCGGACACCAAAUCUGCUCUUAGCAUCCCAUUGCUUCCGCUUACUUUGCCUCGAAUUGUAGAGGGAUGUAUGGGUAACAUCAUUCGUCGUGUUGUCGACACCGAUGGCAGUAGUAUCCAGGCAUCCUCGGAGCUUGAGAAUGUGGUUCCUAGGUUCUUCUUGUCCAGGGGUCAACAGGUGCAAGCCACAGUUGCUUGGGCUUUGAUCAUACCCAGAGAUCUGAAAGACAAAAUCACGGAAAAGACUGAAAAACUUUUAUCUAGCGUUCCGGUUGAAAAUGAACCGACUUCAACUGGCCCAGACCAAGCUUGGGAACGUCUGUGGCGCAGCGAACCACCUGUCUGGAAUACACUUGUAUCCGAAGCCCUCUCGGAAGGGGCGCGUCUCCACCGUGUCUUAAGUGGAGGAGGUGGAUGGGGAAAGAAAGCAGGUUUGCUAUCGUUGGAUCCCAUGCCAGUCAAUAAAUCUUCUGGUCCAGGCGCCCCAACCAGCAUUGACAACCCAGGAAACUUUGAAUCAACUCUUACACCAGUUGUGCAAGAUGGUGACUCGAUACAAUUCUUCACCUUACCAAAGUCUGAACUUGCUCAAGAGGCUCGUGAGGCUGACAACUAUGGGACGAUCUCAACGCUGUCAAAGGUCAAUAGGUCUUGGGGCUGGGAGCUAGGUACCAUUCCUAGCACGAUGGAUUCUAUUCCCGGAGAGUCCUGGCAGCACAUGACGACGGAAAAGCAUCGCUCUACUGUAUUCCAGGGCACUUUCGGCGCCUUGACAGAAGGUGCCUUGACUAUAAUACGCCGCCGUGGGAAAGACGUGGGCGAGACUAGCUCAGUCUAUACAACCAAGCUUGACGUCCCCUUUUCGCGCCUUUGGACCACCAGCUUGAAUGAUUCACAUGCCGACUCUACGACAUGUACAAACUUGGAACAGGACGGUAAUGACAAGGACGUAGGUGAGCCUGCUUCGGGGUGA